UUGCCUGCCAUCUUUCGAGGACAAUUUUAAAACAUUACAAAGCUUCUAAACAAGGUCAACAGUUUUCAUCAACUCGUCGUCGACGAAAAUAAUUAAAGAAUUAAUGUAUAGUAUGUCUUAUACCUUCACAAAUGUGCAAAUUGUAAGAUUGUGUUCAAGAUAUAUUCAAAAGUGACAGUGAAAAUGUUCCAUACAUUGUUUUUCGCAAUCACAACGUUACAUGAACAUGGAUGACCUAAAAUGCGAAUACUACGUGAAGAAAAAAAGAUGCUUUGAACUGUCACAAAGAGUGAAAUCACAAGAAACAACAAUGUUCCAUGCCAGCAACAUCGAAAAUAUAAGUCACAGACGUAGAUUCGCGUAACAAUCGGUUCAUUGCUCUAGCACAAAAAGUGAAAAUGUGAUGUGUCAAACUGAUUGUUUACCUCGCGACGGACAGGUGAGCGGUUUAUAGAAGUGGUCGGUGAGGGCUGCGGGCGGCGCUGGCAUGUCGUCGCCUGGGGCGGAGGGCGCGGGCGGGGGCGGGGAGCGCGCGCUGCGGCUGUCCGUGCGCAAGGACCUGUUCCCCCAGGAGAGCCAGGCGAGCUCGGCCGCGGGCGACUCCGCCAGCGAGCCCGACCUGGACGACGUCUCCUGCGUCAAGCUCGAGACCGACUUCGAGCAGAGCAUCGACGAGAUCGCCAAGCAGAAGGUCCAGGCUUCCAAUGGCGCCCUGCCCUCCACCUGGAACCGCCACCGGAAGCACAAGCAGUCCUCACGGCGCAGCAAGCCCUUGCCUGCCGUCAACGGCUCUCCUCCAAAAAAAAGUAAAAAGAGAAAGAGUUCUAGUAGUGAAUGGAAACCUCACAGGACUAGUUCACAUAGUGUAGUGCCAUCAAAAGUGAAAGGUGGGAAAAACUUAAAUUUAGUGAGCAGUAGUGAGUGUCAGGAGAGUGAGGAGGAGGCGGUGGAGGAGGAACUGGAGGAUGAGGACAGCUCCGAGGAUGAAGUGCUAAACAAGUGCAUUUUAAAGUUACCUUUAAUCAGUGCUCCGCGUCAAAGUGGUAAACCUUACAGUCAUGAACUUAGUCAAUUAAAAACUAAAAAAAGUAAAUCAAAAGACUCUAAUAAAGAGCGAAGGACUCGUGCCCAUGCUGUGACACCAUGUAGUGGUAAACCUCGCUCCAUGCUAGACAUUUGCAGUUCUAAAAGUAAAAAGAAGUCUAAAAAGUCUGAAUCAAAACCAACUUAUCAUAGCCAGAUUGUUGGAGGAACUAUGAAAAUUAAAAUUAAGAGAACAAGUAUUCAUGAAGUGGUAACAAACAACACAUCAUUGCCGGUACAAUUCCCGCCAGCGCCGCUCUCAAUAGCUGACAUUGGACAGAGGAAGUCUAAGAAGAAGCGAGCGGCGUCGCCAGUGGCCAGCGAGAGCUCCGGAGAAGAAUACAACCCUUCCAAGGGGGAUACGGCAGCCGCUAUUACCGUGGCGGCGCCCAAGCCGAGGCAUCCGCCGCCUAAAGCCAAGAGGACUAGGAAUAGGGGUAAAAGUGAAAAGACUGAACGAAGUAAGGUGCAGAGCGCGAGUGCGGCGGCGCCACAGGACUCCGGCCCGCAGAGCCCGUGGGCCACGAUGCCCGAGGAAGUGCUCACGUUAAUAUUCGACCACGUCGUCAACAUGCAAGGCACCCUGCCGGCCGUCAUCAGGCUCGGCAGAGUGUGCAAGCUGUGGCACUCGGUGAGCUGCAAGCCGCAGCUGUGGCGCAACGUGGACCUGGCGCAGUACACCAGCGAGAAGUGCAAGACCGACUUCAAGCUCGUGUGGCUGCUCGAGAACAGACUGUCGAGGUGUCACACGCUCAAUAUAUCCCACUGGAAGGUGGUGAACGUGAGCUGGGUGCUGGCGUGCCUGGCGGAGUACGCGCCCGGGCUGCGCGAGCUGAGCGUGGCGGGCUGGAGCCGCCUCGCCGCGGAGCAGCUGCACGAGCUGCUGGCCGCCCUGCCGCGCCUGCGCCGCCUCGACCUCUCGCACACUUCAGAAACCGGCGGGUCCGGCACCUGUCUCUCGGCGCAGUCGAUAGCGCGACUGGUCGAGAGCUUCGGCGAACGACUCACGCACCUCACCAUGGCGCACAACAAGUUCAGCGCGCUGCAGCAGAUACUCACCUCUAUUGCGUCACACUGCCCAAACCUAGAAGUGCUGGACAUAUCAGGCGCGCGGGCGACGUCGCACCCCGGGGCAGUCCCACUGGAAGCGCUACAGAAGGGGUGUCCCAAGCUUAGAGUGUUCCGAGCGGCUUCCGCGCAGCUGAUACUGGUGCAUGCUACCACUUCGCAACAGAUGGAAAUAACCGGGUGGGAGCACCUAGAAGAGCUAUCCAUAGCGGCGGAGGCGGCGACCGAGCGAGUAGCCGUCGGCGAGUACAAGCUCGGCGACGAAGCUCUCUCGCGAUUGGUCCGCGGCGCCACGCGGCUGCGCCUAUUGGACCUUAGGAACCUGCAGCAGCUAACUGAUUCGGGAUUAGUCAGGGUGCCGGCGUGGGAUCUGCAGCAUUUGUUUUUGGGAGGCUGCAACAUCCUGCGUCAAAAGAGCGCGUGCCUAGAACUCAUCUGCGAGAAGUGGUCCCACAGCCUCAUAGAGCUGGACCUGUCGUGGGCGAGCUGCGCGCGCGUGCUGGACGACGCCGUGGCCGCGCUGGCCGACACCGCGCAGAGCCGCCUCAGGAUCCUCAACUUGUGCGGCUCGGCAGUGUCUCUGGAACCCAUCAAGAAGGUUCUCCUGAAAUGUCCGCACAUAGAGUCGUUGAACCUGAGCUCGUGCCGCGCGCUGCCCCGCGGCAUGAAGCGGCUCUACGCGGGCAAGGAGCUGCAGGACCUCAAGGACAGCUUCGACCCGGAAAAACUUAAAAAAGCCAAAGAAGAAAAAGAAAAAUCAGAAAAGAAAACCGAAAAAACAGAGCCCGAUUCCAAAACAGAAUCCGCACCCGAAGACUCCCCGAAAAACAGUGAUAGUUCCAGUACCAAAGCAAUUAAAGUGGAGGACAAAUCGACGUCCUCGAUAUUCCAGGAACCGAGGACUCCGGCGGAGUCUGAUCUGGCGAAGAACAACUCCACGAGCAAGACCUCGCCCGACUGCAAGUCCGUCGAGUCGAUUGCCAGCAAGGACUCCAACCUAACAUCUCCAUCAGAAACUAAACUCGCAAGUCCUAUAAUACAAUCUAAACCAGACUCGUCAUCCACACCGCGCUCGGAGACGUCCAAGACGGACGUGGGCAGCCCGCACUACAGCCCCGUGGCGCGCCCGGACAGCCGCCUGCGCGCCAGCCCCGACGCGCCGCCCGCCGCCGCCUGCUGGGGGCUCGGACAGUUCAAGACCACCCCCACGCACAAGUCCGAGGCGAGCCCCCUCAACAGAGUAGAGAGCCAUGGGAAACUAAAAUACAAAAACCAAAUCGAACAAUGCAGCCCGACCACGUCACAAGAGAACAAGCUCAGCCCCGAAAACAUGCCGAGCAUCAAACAAGACAACAUGAAGACGCCGAACAGCUGGAACUACGGCAGCUACAGCCCCAUGCCGCGCGAGAGCCAGUUCUCGCAGCGCAGCCCCUACUCCACGCAGCCGAGCCCCGCGCAGCCCAGCCCGUACUCGGCCCAGCCCAGCCCCUACUCCACGCAGCCCAGCCCCUACUCGUCCCAGCCCAGCCCCUACUCCGCGCAGCCCAGCCCCGACACCAGCCAGAUCGUGAAGCAGGACGUGCAGAAGUCGAGCGGCGCGUGGAGCUCCGGCAACUACAGCCCGCUCACCAAGCAGCCGGCGCCCUACUCCCCGCACCCCGCGCCCUACUCCCCGCACCCCGCCAGCCUCGCCAGCCCCGGCCCGCAGUACCGCGCGCCGCCGCGCCCCGCGCCGCCCGCCGACGACGUGGCCGCGUGGGGCAUCGACAAGUUCCUCAGCAGCAACGCGGCCGCCGCCAUCGAGUCGCUCAUCUUCGGCUCCCCGCCGCUGCAGCACGCGCCGCCGCCGCCCGCCGACGACCCCUGGAGCCUGGGCCAGUACCGCGUGGAGCCGCCGCACGCCCCGCACAUGCACAACCCCUUCCUCGACCCCGCCUCGCUCAGCUUCGACUCGCUGAGCGCGCACAUCGGCCACCAGGGACACAUACAGAACUUCAUCGACGACAACUACAACGAGACGUCGCGCGUGGACUGACGCCCCGCGCCGCGCCCCGGCCCGAGACUGACUUACCGAGGACGACACUUCGAUAAACUUUAUAAGUUGUUACGAGUUGUUGUGCAAAGCGUCUGUUAGUGAACAGUUCACGUUUGGAGCUCACUGCAAUAUGAUAUAGAUGGGUAAGUACACCGAGUGACCUUACAGCGUGUGCUGGCCGAGUGCCGGAGCCGCGUCGUCCGCACUAACGGACGCUGCUGUUAGAUCGUGUAAUUUAUAAGAUAGGAUGAACAAUUCCCGUAUAGAGGUUGUAAAUAAGUUAGCCGUAAAUAUUUUUAAGAGUAAAUGAUGCUAGGAAUACUUUCAAAUUAUGUUGCAGCCUAUAAUCUGUUAGGAAGAUUAUGAAAAUUAUUAUAAGUAUAAGCUUUAGAUAAAUUUCCCUCAAAUUAGUGUUAAUUAUAAUCGCCUACAGAUUUUAUAUAAAGUUUGGAUGCCAAAACCAAUUAAUGUCAAGUCGCUGCCAAAAUUUGUUUUAAUUCACAUUAUUUCAAGAUUUUAGUAAAAAACAGUCGAACAUGGUAACUUGUAGUUUUCGUUGGAAUCGACACUAUUCUGGGCCAAGUACAGCACGCGAUCUUAAGCUUAAGUGCCACUGGUAGAAGUUCUAUCGUGUUAGUAGUUAACAGCGUUUUAUUAAUUGUAUGGAUCUGACUAGCAAAGUUUAUAAUUGAAAUAUAUAUAGAUAUUUUGUUUCCAUACUAUCAGAGAUAAGAAAACAUUCCUUCUAUCGUUGGUUUCAGAUUUAGCUCUAAUGAACUGUUGAUAACUUACUUCCGACUUGUUAUUGCAUUGAAAUAGUUUCAAUUUAAAACUACAAAUAGUCUUCGAUGCUAAG